AUGCGUGUCGCGAGUGCCCUCAUUUCCAUCUUGGCCUUGGCCGGCACGGGAACAGCUCGAGUGUCCCGCCGCGCCGUCGACGAAGAUGCUCGUCCUUCCAACGACACGGCCGUCGCGCCUAAGAGGUUCAUUGUCGAACUCGAGCAGGGAGCCGACAAGGAUGCCGUAGUCCAGCAGCUCCAGGCCAACAACCCGGGCAGCAAGAUCCUCAAAGUCUUUGACUCGUCCCUCUUCAACGGCAUCGCCGUCGAGUCGGACAGCGAGAACACGGACUCGCUCGAGGCGAUCGUGCCCGUCGUCAAGGCGUGGCACUCGACGCGCAUCCAGCUCGCGCCCGUCGUAAGCGGCGAGUCGUUCAGCGACGAUGCCCAGGCGCUCAAUUACUCCAUCCACUGGAUGACGGGCGUAGAUAAGCUCCAUGAGCAGGGAAUCUUUGGCAAGGGCGUCAAGGUUGGCGUUGUUGAUACGGGGACGGAGUAUACGCAUCCAGCUGUUGCUGCUGGGUAUGACUUUGUUGGUGACGAGACAAACUGGCCUUAUCCUGGAGCAGAGCGUCAACCUGAUGAGGAUCCCAUGGACCAGGCCGGUCACGGAACACACGUCGCUGGCAUCAUUGCCGGCAAGAGCUCCGAGUUCACCGGAGUUGCCCCUGAAGCCACAAUCUACUCUUACAAGGUCUUCGGCCCUAAUGAGGGCACAGCCGAGGAAGUUCUAAUCGAAGCUUUCCUGCGCGCCUACGACGACGGCGUCGACAUCAUCACCGCCUCCGUCGGCUCCACCGGCGGCUGGUCCGACAACGCCUGGGCCCUCGUGGCCUCCCGCAUCGUCGAGCAGGGCGUCGUCGUCACCAUCGCCGCCGGCAACUCGGGCGACGUCGGUCCCUUCUUCCCCAGCAGCGGCGCCGCCGGCAGAGACGUGCUUGCCAUCGGCUCCGCUGACGCCUCCGUUGUCUCGGCCCGCCAGUUCGCCGGCACCUUUACUCUCGACGGCCAGUCGAAUCGCACCAUCCUCGGCUACCGUCCCGCCGAAGACCUCUUCCCCGCCGAGAUCAAAGGCUGGCCCAUCGUCCCCGUCACGCUGAACAUCAGCGUCGAGAACGACGCCUGCUCGCCCCUCCCCGAGGGUCUCAACUUCACAAACACCAUCCCGCUCGUGCGCUUCGACGAGGGGUGCCAGGAUUACAUCCGCCAGCGAUGGGUCCAGGAGCGCGGCGCGCGCUUCAUGCUCUUCUACCUCACCGAUCGGCCCGUCGUCGGCUUCUCGGGCUCCGGCUGGGCGCAGAGCAAAUGGGGCCUACUGUCCAAGGACGCGGGCGAGGCCAUUGUCAAGACGGUCAUUGCCGGCGGCAGCGUCACGGCCGACUUCUCGCUCGACCAGAACAGCAACUAUGUCGCCAUGUACAACGCCGGCGGCGGGAAGCCCUCGCAGUUCACCUCGUGGGGCGGCACGUUCGACCUCGAGCUGAAGCCCGACGUCACGGCGCCGGGCGGGCGCAUCUUUGCUCCGUUCAUCGGCCACCGCUACCGCGACCUGUCGGGAACGUCCAUGGCCUGUCCGUACGUCGCCGGCGUCGCGGCGCUGUACAUCGGUGCGCGUGGCGGUCGCUCCGUCCACGGCGCGGACUUUGCUAAAGCGCUGCACGCGCGCAUCGUCGCCUCGGGCCGCGCGAUCCCGUGGUCCGACGGCACGACGAAAGAUUUCGGGUUCUGGGCGCCGCCGAUCCAGGUUGGUAGCGGGUUGAUUGACGCUGUCUCCGUGUUGAACGCCACGUCGCAGUUGUCCGGGGAGACCAAGUUUGCGUUGAACGACACGCAUCAUUUCUCGCGGUACCAUCAAGUCGAUGUCACGAAUACUGGUGCGACGGAGCUCGAGUAUAUAUUCACGGUGCAGAAUGCCGCCGGGUUCGAGGCGUAUUGGACUGCUGAGGCUGCUGAUGCGGGUAUCUCGGCUGUGCCGCGCAUCAAGGACCUUGUAGAGAUUGAGCCGAUCAAGAUUGGGGCUGUUGUUGGCUUGCCGGCGGGCGGGUUCAAGGUUGGGCCUGGGCAGACCAAGACUGCGAAGUUCUCCUUCGACAUUCCUCAAGGUCUCGACGCUUCGAGACUUCCCGUCUUCAGCGGCAAGAUUCUCAUCGGAUCGAGCGCCGGCGAUGUUCUCUCGGUGCCCUACUAUGGUGUCGGCGGUAGCAUCAAGCAUGACAUUGCUGACAUGUUCUACACUUCCUACGGAUACCCCCGUGUCUCGUCUGGUGUCAACCGGACCCUUCUCUCUGAGAAGUCUAGCUUCACCUUUGACCUCUCCCUCGCCAAGCAAGACUUUGUCAGACUCCAAGUCGCUCUGACCUGGGGCUCCCGCCAGGUUCGCUGGGAUGUCUACGAACCCACCUAUCAAGAGCGUGAGUGGGCAUACCCUCCCGUCGUCGGCCAGAACAAGUACGUCGGCUCCGUCGCCAGCUUCGACGUCUACAACAGCGUCAACUAUCCCGUCUUCGACCCGGCUACCGACAGCGUGAACAAUACCUUCUCGUACCCACUGCAGGACCAGUCUCGCGAUUCGCCCUACGAGUCGUGGUGGCUCGGCAAGCUGGCUGAUGGAAGCCAGAUUAAGCCUGGAAAGUACAAGUGGCGUAUCGCGGCUUUGAAGGCCUUUGGUAACCCCAAGGCGUCGGAUAACUGGGAGAUAUUCGAGACGCCUGUGAUUGAGGUCCUCCCGCUUGCCGGGAGCAAUUCCACGACUCUCCGGCGUUGA